GAAAUAAUUGAGCGAGAAAUAUAAAUUACAGGAAAUCAAUAAAACCAGACUUAAGAUAGUGGAAAAGGUUUGCCAAGACGAUCUAGGGUUAGUGUUCGUUCCAUUACGCGCGUGGCUUUACCGCCGUUGAGCUCCGUGGCCGGCUUCAAUCUGAUGAUCUCUGCUGAGUUUUCCGGCCGGUUGACGGCGCCACUGAAGCGCCGUCGCCUUGCGACGUCCGGAUCUGAGUGAGACUUCAAGCAUGCGAAAUAGUUGGAUCUUACGAUCACCUUACGCUAGUUGGAUUUGGCGAUCGGAUCAACUUUCUGGCUCUGUUUUGAUAUUCGGGUUCACGAAGGAGGGACUAAGCUUUUUUCUGCGGAUCUGCUAGAAUUCUCUGCUUCUGAGAAACGCUAUCGAAGUGGAUUAGAGAUGGAGAGUCGGAACCACCUCAACAGAGCUUUAAGCUUCGGUAUAUCGGAUUUGGCGCUUAAGUGCGUGAUGGGAUACAUCGAGGAGCCUUGCGAUCGGGGAGCCAUAUCGCUGGUGUGCAAGAAUUGGUAUCGAAGUGAUUGUUUUACGCGGAAGCAUGUGACGAUCGCCAUCUGCUACUCGACGACUCCGCAGCGGCUUCGGGAGAGGUUCCCCAGCCUGGAGUCGCUCAAGCUCAAGGGGAAGCCACGGGCGGCCAUGUUCUUUAAUCUCAUACCCGAGGAUUGGGGAGGAUAUGCGGGGCCUUGGAUCAAUGAAAUCGCCUCGGUCGAUUUUUCGUGCCUGAAAGCGCUCCAUCUUCGUAGAAUGAUUGUGAGAGAUGGGGAUAUAGAUGUUCUAGUUCGUGCUCGCGGGCGUAUGCUACUGUCUUUGAAGUUGGAUAAGUGUUCUGGGUUCUCGACUGAUGGUCUUUCUAUGAUUGCCAGCUCCUGCAGAAGCCUCAGAACUUUAUUUCUGGAAGAGAGCUCUGUCUCUGAGAAAGAUGGCAGUUGGCUACAUCAACUUGCAGUAAAUGAUUCUGUUCUUGAGAUCCUUAAUUUUUAUAUGACAGAACUGAAGUCUUCAUGGCAAGACCUCGAGUUGAUUGCUAGGAACUGUAGGUCCAUUAUUUCACUAAAAAUUAGUGAAUGUGAUGUCUCUGACCUAGUUGGGUUCUUCCGAAUGGCUGCAUCUAUAGAAGAGUUUGGUGGCGGUUCAUUUGACGGCCAAGCUGGAGAGGAUAACAGGUACAAUAGCGUUUCUUUUCCCCCAAGACUUUGUCGUUUAGGUCUCAGCUUCAUGGGGUCAAACGAGAUGCACAUAAUAUUUCCUGUUGCUUCUGCACUGAAGAAGUUGGACUUGCAAUAUACCUUUUUAAGCACCGAGGAUCAUUGCCAGCUUAUUCAGCGCUGCCCAAACAUAGAAGUUCUUGAGGUGAGGGAUGUGAUCGGUGACAGGGGGCUAGAAGUUGUUGCUCAGACUUGCCGGAGACUGCGAAGGCUAAGGAUAGAAAGAGGUGAGGAUGAGCAAGGCCUGGAAGAUGAACAGGGUAUGGUUUCCCAUAGAGGCCUAUCCGCUAUAGCCCGUGGAUGCCCAGAGCUGGAAUAUCUGGCUGUUUAUGUUUCCGACAUCAUGAAUUCUGCAUUGGAAUCUAUGGGCACCUACUGUAAAAACCUCUGUGAUUUUAGAUUAGUUUUACUCGAAAGGGAGGAAAUCAUAACAGAGUUACCUCUCGACAAUGGAGUUCGAGCAUUACUAAGAGGUUGCACCAAGCUACGGAGAUUUGCCCUUUAUCUUAGACCCGGCGGUCUGACCGAUAUCGGUCUCGGAUACCUCGGCGAAUACAGCGGCAACAUCCGAUGGAUGCUUUUGGGCCAUGUCGGCGAAUCUGAUGAAGGAAUUCUAAGGUUCGCACGAGGUUGCAGGAAGCUCCAGAAGCUAGAACUGCGAGGCUGCUGCUUCAGCGAGCGUGCUUUGGCCAUGGCUGUGCUGCAGUUGCCUUGCUUGAGAUACAUAUGGGUUCAGGGUUACAAUGCAUCUCCAGAUGGACGUGACUUAAUGGUCAUGGAUAGGCCUUACUGGAACAUUGAGUUCAUUCCUCCGAGACAGGAGCUUACUGAGAACAAUGGCCGUCAAGAGCAUCCUGCUCAGAUCCUCGCAUACUAUUCGCUUGCUGGGAGGAGAAUCGACUGCCCGCCCACCGUGAUUCCAAUGUUCCGGCUAUGAGUGUACAUUGUAAGGCCCAUCCAUAUUUUUUCUUGUUUUUUUGUUUUUUAUUCCCCCGACCUUUGUUGUUGUUUCGUAUGUCUUAGAUUUCAUUUGAGACAGUUUUUUUAUUGCUUCUUAAAGCAGCUUUCUAGUACUGAAAAGCUGCUUUAAGAAGCAGUAAGAAAGCUGCCCCAAACGAAGCUGUAGUUUCUUCAUUUGUCUUUGGGUAGAUAAAUUAUGUGCAUAUUUUGCCUAGUUUGUUUUUAUUAAGUGUCUUAUGAUGCAUGCACUUGUAAUAAAAAACUUGUUCCAUGCUGUUUAUUGUAGAAGAAUCCGGAUGAGAACAUCAAUGCUCCAUAUAGCUAGUUUUUCUUGAGA